CUCUGGGGUGCAACGUUAUCGCUCUUACGAGAAGUGGGAUGUGGACGUCUGAGGUGUGGGUACUUUGGAAAUUCUCCAGAAGAGAUGAGCUAAUUACGCCGCACUUUCCCGUCUCGGUCGCUUCUAGUCACGGUUAAGCUUUGCGUAGUGUUUGGCUCCAGCGUUUUUCCAGCCAAACCACCGAAACCCACAUAGCGGGAGGGGGACGGGGGUCUGACUCCUCGUUUUCCUGCACUUAAGAAUGUGUGGGUUUAAUAAAGUUUAAUGAUAUAUCCAAGAUCGAAAGGAUAAGCAUCUUUGGCGCAAUUUGGAUUACUUCCACAUGUAAACAGCGCAACACCGUAGUAAGAAAGAUAUUGAUAAGUAGCCAUUUUUCUGUGGUUGGCGCAUGUUUUGGAGUCGUGUACGCAAAAAAAACAACAGCUGCAUUUCUUCUCUUCAGAGCUACGACCCACACCCUGGUUCUGCGAGCGUUGAAUGCUGGGAUUCAGUAUCGCGUUAUUCACAAUGCCUCCAUCAUGAACGCGGUGGGCUGCUGUGGAUUGCAGCUGUACAACUUCGGGGAGACGGUGUUCAUUGUGUUUUGGAUGGACACAUGGAGACCUGAAAGCUUCUACGAUAAGAUAAAAAAGAACAGGGAUAUGGGCCUGCACACGCUGUGCCUGCUGGAUAUCAAAGUCAAAGAGCAGUCCAUGGAGAAUUUAAUGAGGGGUCGAAAGAUUUACGAGCCUCCCAGGUACAUGACUGUCACUCAGGCAGCUGAGCAACUCCUGGAGAUACUACAGAACCGACGGGAUCGGGGCGAGGAACUGGCAAUGACUGAAGACACAGUGUGUGUUGGUCUGGCUCGGGUCGGAGCCGAGGACCAGACCAUCCGUUCUGGGACACUGCAAGAGUUGGCAUCCAGUGACCUGGGAGGACCACUUCACUUAAUGAUCAUCAGCGGACACCUUCACCCUCUGGAGGUGGACAUGUUGAAACUCUUCAGUGGUUCUGAGGGAUUGAAGACCUUGAAGAUGACCGAUAGUUCCACAUAUGUUUCUUGAUAUCCAAGAAGCUUGUGCUCUUCAUGAAAAAAAAUCCCUUUCCAGUGCUCUUAGGAUUUUUUUAAAAAGGAAAUCGGACAAGCCGGUCCACGUGAGAGCCUGGAGCUGCCGGAGGGUCAGGAGAACACGCAAAUGACAUGAUUGUUAUUCCAGAUCAAAUUUGACCACUUUAACCUUUAAGCACCGGUCAGGCAUGGGUUGCAUUUCAUUACAAGAUUUAGAUUGGGAGUGGGAUGAUUAUUUUGACGUGUGGCAGUCAUGUUCUUGCUGUCAAAAAAGUAAAUGAUGGAAUUAUAAUAGAGGAAAUGGAAAAGGUUAUUGUGGACCAACUGCAUCUGGGUUGCAUUAGUGCCUCUGAAAUUGAGCUUUCUUCGAAAUUGGCAUAAUGUUUCCGUACCAAGAGCCUUUCUUAAUGGAACUUUCUCAGUAAGAAUGUAAAUAAGAUAAAAGCAAAUACUGAGAUUCCUUUGAGCAUGUCAUAAUGGAUGAAGAUUGAUUUUCGUACAAUAAAGACACUCAUUUCGGUGCCACUGAUCACAUCAACGCCCUACAUGUGGUUUGACUGUUUUCAUCUACAUCUGUGGUUUUGUUUGUAGUCUCUCAUUUCAUUUCUGUCAGCAUGAAUUGCAUAAAAAGUGAAC